AUGUCGUAUAACCACAAUCAGUACGGCGGCCCGCCCGACCAGGGCUACUAUGGAGGAGCUGGAUACGGCAGCCAGGGCAACUAUCCUCAGCAGCAAUAUGGUGGGCAACCACAGCAGCAAGGCUAUUACCCGCCUCAGCAGCAGCAACAGCAGCCUUAUGGUCAGCACCCCCACGAUACGGCGUACUCUCCGGGUCCUCCCUCAUACCAACAAGGUCAACAAUACCAUCAACAACCUCAGCAAGGCGCAUACGGGCAACCUCAGCACGGACAACCGCAGCACGGCCAACAAUACCCCGGACAUUAUGGGCAAGACCCUAAUAUGAACUACGGCCAUGAUCGCGGCCACUCCCCAUACCCUCCUCAACAGCAGCAACAAUACCACCAACCCCAAGGCGGCGCGAACUCUUCUUAUUACGGCGGUCACCAGGCAGAGCACUCAGCUCCGCAGCAGGGACACGCCCAAGUGCCGGUCGGUGCUGAAGGUGAAAGAGGGCUGGGCUCGACCUUACUCGGAGGCGCCGCGGGCAGCUUCUUAGGGCACAAAAUGGGCGGCGGUGCAUUAGGCACUGUUGGAGGCGCUGUCGCAGGAGCAGUGGGAAUGAACGUCGCUUCUAAAAUGCACAAGAAGCAUAAGAAGAAGAAACAUGGCCGCAAGCGCUCCGGCAGCUCCAGCUCAUCGAGCUCCUCUAGUUCCAGCUCUAGCAGCUCCUGA